AUGUCCGGUCCAAACCCCCUUCUCUCGCCUCCCUUCUACGUCAUCCCAGGCAUAGAUCCCAAUGCACCCAUCUCAGCCCAGACUGAGCAGAUCGAUCAACUCAACACUUUACUACUCCAGGAGAUAGAUGCGAACUUUGCCAGAUUCCAUCAGAUAGUGACCAGUAGGAUAUUACCGGAGAUAAAGCGAUUUGCUAUUGCUGGUGAACCCACGAGGGAGGCUGCUCAGUUCUGGCGAUCAUUCUUCGAAGCAGCUUCAUCGAUCCGAACCACAAGUCUGGAAGAACCUUCAAUUCCUUCUCAACAGGACAUCUCUGCUCAAUAUGAAGAUCAAACCAUGACACUCCGACGUAUCCACGAUGACUCCUCAAUAAUCUCUAACAAUGAUCAAUCAGGUUCUUCAUUUAUUUUCGAUCCUCCUGCAACUUCUUCUACACCUUUACCAAACACCGCUCAUAAAGGUAAAUCCAAGAUUAACGAAUCAUGGGAACAUUCAAUGGAGUCACCUUUUGACAGAUUAGAUAGGAAAUUAAGGGAUGAUUUGAAGAUCGGUAGUGGUAAUUUCAUAAAUGAUCAAAGUGGUUUUUCAUCAAGUGAUUUACCUACUCCUUCAUUACCUAGUGGAUAUUCGCUACCUCAUUUGGGAAGUACAAGUACCAGUAAUACUUCCAAAUCCGCUUCUUUACCUAGUAUGAAUUGGAAUCAGUCUCAGGAAGAUGAACAUGAAGGAUAUUCUACUGGGACAGUUGAUCCUCAAGAUAUUCAACGUUCUCAACAUACUUCCCACCCUUCACGUCCUAACUCCAUCACACCGAAAGCCAAUAAGAUUGCAUCAGCUUCAACCUCUAAUAAUCCUUUCGGACCGAAUUUCAAUGGUAUAGUAGAUAUACGAUCCACCCCUCUCAACGCCAAGUCAAUGUCGAAAUCGAAGAAAACCAAAAAACCACCUAAACAAUCAAUCUUACCUGGUAUUGACGAUGUAGAAUCAUCAGAUGAAGAAUUACCUUUCGGUAUGUCACCUCCUGUAACGAUGAAAUUCUCUUUACCACCUAAAGCGAGAGCUAUAUUCGAUAUGUCCAGAACACCAGGCAAGAAAUCUAUAUCGUCCCAUACACAGAGCAAUACAGCCGAUGUGUAUGGUAACAACACGAAUAUCCAAAGUCAGAAUCGAGUUCAAUCUGGUAUCACCGGUGAUGGUGAGAAACAAGCAAAAUACAUGAUUGACGAUUUGCUGGAGGAGAUGGGAUCGGAAUUAUCACCUCGAUUAGAUACUCCCGAAGGAUUAGGUAGAUACUCUAUCAUGCCUGGUGAACUUCAACCUGGUGAAGGUAGAUUGUUGUUCAGUGGUCAGUCUCAGCAUCGACAGCUACAACCUGUUUUACAAGAAGAGGAAGAAGGGGAAGACCAAACUUAUCAUCUUACGGCUGGAGUCGGAGCAUCGCAAGAUGGGAGAAGAUUAAACAGAAGAUCAACAGGAGUCAACACUUCCUUUGGAUCUGAUAUGAUUGAUCUACCCGUCGGUCAAGUUUACUCGGCAGAAGAUUCAUUCGAUAAUGAAGAUUCUUUCGCAUCCGACCUAAAUGACGAUGAUGAUGGAGUAUACUCUCAACCUACCGUUACUGCAACGGGUAGUAUAGCUCAUACUCAUACGGGAACAGGAACGAUAUCAAGUGUACCGUACUCCACUCACGAACAUAUGAUAGCGGAUGAUUCGUACCUUUCCUCAGAAGGUGAUUUGACAACUACCUCUGAAGCUGGUGUAAUCUUUGGUAAACAACCAAACUAUCUCCCACAGGCUCAUCAACGUAGACAAAGUACCUUGGCGGGAGUAGGACCUGUACAAGGACAUGCACCGAGAAAAAGUCAUUUCGAAUUGAUGAAAAUGGAAGAUAUGGAUACGUAUCAUGGAGGAAGAUUGGAAGAUGCUGCGGGCAAUGAUGUUGCGAAUAGUCCGACGAACGCUCUGGCUAGAGGGAGGGGAGGGUAA